UUAAGUGCUUUCCUCCUUUACUUCAGUGAGCAUUAUUGUUGAGAAGUCUGUGCGCCCUCUGAACGCUGGCGGACCUCGGUCUCGGAGCGGAGUGAGUGCGCUGCAGUGAUAUACCUUCUGCUUUAAACUGUGCGUGGACACUAACUCUGCUGCGCUACGUGAAGCAGUUUUGGACUUGCAUCGACAGACACGCCGAGAAAGUGGAUAAAAGGUUUGAGUAGAAGCUGCUCCAUCGCGUUCCUUUGCCAAGUUUCAUGCCUGACAUCACCAUGUUGCCUCACUUCCUGCUCUUGUUCCUCUCAACUGGCCUGGUGUUAUCCACUGACUGCCCAGCAGACUGUUCCUGCCAGCCCGAGGACUCCAUAUUCUGCCAUCAUCGACGUUCUAGCACUGUGCCCCGUGUUCCCACCACCACCCAAAAUCUCUAUAUCUUCCAAAAUGGUAUCAGCACCUUGGCCCAAGAUGACUUUAAAGGCCUAGGGCAGUUGGAGAUGCUAGAUCUGAGCCAGAAUAAGCUGGCAGAGAUUCCAGACAGAGUGUUUGAGAUGCUGUCAAAGCUUAAGAAUUUGGACCUGUCCGCUAACUACAUUACCCACAUUUCCAAAGACAGUUUUUAUGGGUUGGUCCAGCUGGAGAGGUUGUAUCUUCAUGCAAACCACAUUCAGAGCAUCCAUUUGGAAGCUUUUGAAGGUUUAGAAGUGCUUCUGGAACUCAAGCUUCAAGGGAACCAGCUCACCUCUUUGCCAUCCCUUCAUUUCCCUAGCCUUCUGCUUUUAGACAUCAGCUACAACAACAUCCCAACCCUGGGACCAUCAGACCUUCAGACUCCUCACCUGGAAGCCCUUAAGGUAGCCUCUCUUGGGCUUACCUCUGUAGAUGAGGAUCUCAUUGCCUCCCUGGGGAACCUCCAUGAGCUUGACAUCUCCAUUAAUCAGUUAACUGAGGUGCCGCAGGCCCUAAAGCAGGACUCCCUCAAAGGGCUGACAAAGCUCAGCCUGGCUGCCAACCCAUUAGGUGAACUCAGGAUGGAGGACUUCCAGAAGCUGACGGGAAUUCAAGAACUGGAUCUCAGUGGACUUAAUCUCCAGGGAUUUCCUCCGAGUUUCUUCCAGACCUUUCAUAAGAUGAUGCACUUGACAGCAGCUGAGAAUCCAUUCAACUGUUUGUGUCCAUUAGCCUGGUUUCCUGUGUGGCUAAAAGAGAAGGGUGUAACUCUUAGAAGGCCUGAGGAUACAAGAUGCCAUUUCCCUCUUGUUAAUGCUGGGAAGAUGCUUUCAGCACUGGAGUACAAAGAUUUUGGAUGUCCACCAACCACAACAUCAGUGGUGAUUGCCUCCCCCAUUGGAAGUACUUCUGUUCCCCAAAUGCCCACCACACCUCGUGAAAGUACCCAUACCAAUGAUAUUCCUCCACCUCCACCACCCAGUGAGGAAACCAUCUCCUCAGCAACAGAGAACUACCCCCUUCCACCAGAACCUCCAGUCUCCCCUAGUUCCACCAGCAGAGAAUAUGAGCAAAACAUCUGCCCAGCAAACAUCUGCCUCAAUGGGGGCACUUGUAAUUUUGAUCCACUGGGUCAACUCAGCUGUUUGUGUCCUUCAGGAACUUCUGGGCUCUACUGUGAAAAUGUGGAUGAAGUUCCAGAGCCACCAAAACCUUCAGCAACACAUGUUUCAGUAGAUGCCCCAGCUAUUCCCUCUGAAGUUAAUGCCAUCAGCUCACGGCAGGUGACCUCCACAUCCAUUCUUCUUGACUUGCACCGCUUCAUUGAGACACGGCCACACAUCCGUGGCAUCAGGUUGACCUACCGUAACCUCUCAGGGCCUGACCGUCGCCCCAUUAUCCUGAGUGUACCGGCAUCCUACCCUGAGUACACUUUGCGUGGUUUGAGACCCAACUGUACCUAUUCAGUCUGUGCCAGUCCCCUGGGUGAGAGAAUUAACUCUAGGUCUAAUAGCUCUGUAGAAAUGAGGUCAUGUACAGAAGCUCGCACUGAAGGGGUUUCACUGACAUCCUUAGAACCCAGGGUGGAGACACAGAGCCAGCUAACAUAUACCCUCAUUCCCACUCUGGCUGCUCUGGCACUGGUGCUGGGGUUAGCUGUGAUAGCCGGGUUGAUCAUUUGUCUACGAAAGAGGAGGAAAACCAAGGCAGGAAUGGAGAUGGAGCUGGGCCCAGCUGAUCCUGACUCCAUGGAACUGGAGGGGAUCAAAGCCUGUCUGGAGAAUGAGGGAAAUGGUACACUACCCCACAAACAGCCUGAGAUAGACCGCUGUCAUACUCCACAGCCACCUCCAUCCUUACAACAAAAUGGGGGCUUGGACUCUGAGAUGCCCUUGAUGCAAGGGCACUGCCCAUCCAAUAAUAAUCUAGUAUCCCUAAAACCAUCUUAUUCCUAAGAUGCAAUAAAAUACCAACACUUGUAUCUUAGAGAGUUGGCUUGCCCAUCAGAUCCUGCUAUGACUCUUUGUGGUUAAAAAUAAAAUUUUCAUUCCAAUUUCAGAUAUCCACAACUUAAAAAGUUGCACAUACUUAUUUGAACUUUUCUGCAUGACAAUGCAGAAGACUACACUACAGAAUGGAACAUCUAUUUGAGAGAUAUUAAAUAAUGAAUUUAUGAUUACAGCGUAUUGAAAAUAUGCUAAACCACUGUGCGCCAAUGAACAGGAUAUGUCAUUUAGUGGAGUUUGAUGGCCGCGAAACCUGACCACGUGAUUAAAAGUGCAAUUGACUAGAAGAGUCUUAGUAGCAGACUGAAAACAGAAGUGCCUUUUUGCAUUGACACAACAGUAAUCGACGGCUCAUUUUCAAAAUGUCUUUGUAUUAGAGAAACUAUGUGAAUGAGUUUUAAUCCUGUUGCUGGAUUUGGGAGGUACGGUAUGGAGAAAAGCGCCUCAGUGUUUGAGCUACAGAAGUGGAGGAAUGACAGUGUUCUAAAUGAAAACUCUGACGCAGAUGCAAACUUUCCUGGACCACAAGUCCUGCUAUAUAAAAUGGAGUUCUGAUCAUAAAAGCUGUCUCAACUCUAUACUUUGCUGGUGACAUCACCAGACCAGAAACUUCGAAAUUUCAUGCAUAUUUGGAUGUUUCUGCAUCAACAGACCUACCAUAAUUCUCUCAGAGCAUCCCACUGUAUUUGGCUCUGUGGGUGAUGAAUUUGCUGUGAAAGAUAAAUGGACUGAAUGAAGAGCCACUGGGAAUGAACUUUGCCUUGUUGUUUGCCUUGCAUUGUUAUGUGUCAUGAUGGGAAGGCUGUCUAGCUAAUAUCAUGAUGUUCUGUUUUUAUCAUAUGUUUGUAUUUUUUAUUUUUUGUUGUUAUGUCCUUUCAGUAUUGCUGUUGUUGUGAGUUGAAACAUUACUUUGUGCUAUGUUGGAAAAAAGUGAGUGCAAACGUAAAUACUUUAUGAAAUUCCGGAGACCAGCAAUAAUCAAUCCUUAAAACAUUUUAAUCUAUAUAACUGUGAAGUGUUAAACUGUUUUUUUCUGCUAGAUCUGCCACCGCUUCAUAAAGACAUGGUUAAGACAAACAGACUGUGACCGCCACGGCACCCAAAAUUGUGUUCAAAACCCUUUUGGGCACAGAAGCAGCUCAUAUAAAGCAGUAUAUGCAUGCCAUGAAAAGAAAGCAAGU